GACCUGGAAGUUUUAGCCUCGCUGCUCUCGAGGCGGAUUAAUUAGUCCAAGAAACAUUAUAUUCAUGCGUAGGUGGAGAAAAGCAGGGCUAGAAUUGGAACCCAAAGCCCAGAAUGGCAGGAGAGGAUGUGGGGGCUCCACCCGAUCACCUCUGGGUUCACCAAGAGGGUAUCUACCGGGACGAAUACCAGCGCACGUGGGUGGCCGUCGUGGAAGAGGAGACAAGUUUCGUAAGGGCACGAGUCCAGCAAGUUCAGGUUCCCUUAGGUGACGCAGCUAGGCCAAGUCACCUUCUUACCUCCCAGCUACCUCUCAUGUGGCAACUCUACCCUGAGGAGCGCUACAUGGAUAACAACUCUCGCUUGUGGCAGAUCCAGCAUCAUUUAAUGGUCAGGGGAGUACAGGAGCUGUUGCUUAAGCUUUUGCCUCAUGAUUAACCUGGUGCUGGGAUUCUAGGAAGAUAUGCUCCUCUGUUCUGUUCAGUAUAUGGCAAUCACUUCAUCCACCACUGCAGUACACCCACCUGUGG